ACCGGUAUCUCGCAAAGGUUAACCACAUUUUGUCCUUCUUCCUCGCUCCUUGCCGUCGUCGCAUCAUCUCCGAAGCUCGAAAUCAAUCUCCUUCCAUCUUCGAUCAUCCUCGUUUCCCCCCCCUAAAAAGGAGAAUGGCUACAGCCACGUACCCGCCGCCUCCUCCGUACUACAGACUCUACAAGGAUUACUCUGAAAACCCUAGCUCUGCUCCUGAACCACCUCCUCCGAUCGAAGGAACCUACGUUUGUUUCGGUGGCAAUUACACUACUGAGGAUGUUCUUCCAAGCCUAGAAGAGCAAGGAGUGCCUCAGCUUUAUCCCAAAGACUCUAAUGUUGAUUACAAGAAGGAACUCAGGUCUUUGAAUAGGGAGCUUCAGUUACAUAUACUUGAGCUUGCUGAUGUUUUGGUUGGGAGGCCUUCUCAGUACGCUAAGAGGAUUGGUGACAUAUCGUCGAUCUUCAAGAAUUUGCAUCACCUUCUCAAUUCAUUGAGGCCUCACCAGGCGAGAGCAACGCUUAUUCAUAUUAUGGAGCUUCAGAUUCAACAGCGGAAGCAAGCUGUGGAGGACAUUAAGAGGAGGAGAGAAGAAGCACAGCGACUUCUAAAGGAUGCUUUCGUCACUUUAGAUGGACAAUAGAGUUUCUUACUCAUUUUAUGUAAAAGCUAUAUUUCUCUGUUUGACACUCUAAGCUUUUUUUUGUUAAUGGUUAACACUAAUCCAAGGUUGAAGAGCACACGACUUAGUAGAUUCAUACAGUGUAUCAGGAUUGUAGUAGACCAGAAUUAACCGGUA